ACGAUAGCAUCUUUAAAUGUAGCACAUGUAAUAAAAUAACCACAAAUUUACCAUGUUUAUUUGAAGCUUAUAGGAAUGAUGUAUGCGUUUCUGAAUUAAUCAGUUUUAAAGUCAGCACUACUUCAGGUCAUCAAAAUGUAAGAUUUAAGAAAUUGCUAUGGGGAGCCAAGAAUUUUUGUCUGGCCUUCGAGAUGAUAGGCGGACAUUUCGUUAUGGAACAAACAGAAUGGUUGAGAUCGCUCUACAACAUGAGCUUGAUGAUGUUGCAAAAAAAUCAGUUGAUGAAAUUGUCAUUAAAAAGGAAUUAGAACAAAGGAAGCCAAUCAACAAUGAAGAAUAUACUUCCAGGAGGUUACGGCCAGCUUUUGUACCCCAAAAAAGAACAAAGAAGAUCAAGUUAGAGCCAGUGUUCCAUGAUGACCUACUGAAAAUGAAACCAAAGGCCCCACAGUUCAUGUUAAUACCAAAUAUUCCACCCUACAACCCCUUGGACAAGUUUGGAAAUCUCAAAGACUUUGCUGACGACAAAGUCAGGACCUACCCUUACACCAGGGAAAACACUGUCACAACACAGGUUAUGCGGGAAGCGAAGGUGACCUCUCUUGGAGUUUUACCAACAAGGAAAAGCUCGGAGGUGAAUACAUUGAAGGUUAUCAUGGAAGGAAGGCCCGUUAAAGAGAGCGGGGACUUGGCUCUUCAUGAAAUACAAGAGGCUAACCUGGUGCGCUCGGACACCCCGGGCACUCCAAACGAGGCAAACUUGCCUCUGGAACCUAACCUUGAGGAUGAUGGUGUGCCGCAGAAAAAGCCCGCAAUUCUGGGAUCCGAGGGAACGUCGAGGAAAGUGGCCAUGGCUGUACGACCGCCCAAACAGGCGCCCAAGUCGACUCUGAAAAGAAGGGUCAGAGGAGUGAGAAGUGGCGCCAGAAGUGGAGCAGACUCUCUGCAAAGUGAGGAGAUUGUUCUACCGGACGCAAAGGUGUAUGAUAAAUAUGCCUCAGCCAUCGCUGACAUUGACCGUGACCUUGAAGAUGUGAUGACAGCCGUGCGAGAGCACAGUGGCGUGGAGCUGGUUGUUCCAACUGGGGGAGAUGAAGGGCGAAAAAGUGGCGCCAUUUCAGAAGCGGCAAAGUCUGUUCAUGACAUGCUGGAGGAAGCCAAGAAAAUUGCCUCUCCUGGCGCUGAACCGGUCCACAAGAUGAGAAAAUCACCGCGGAGACGGGGGGUGGAAAUCAAGAAAGAUGGGAAAAAGGGGAAAGGUGAAAAAGGCAAGAAGCAUGCGGAUGAAGCCAAAGACGCAGGACAACGUACAGAGCGAACCGUUGAUGAAAUUAUUGCCUCACUACGGAGUCAAUCCAGAGCUGGCCAGCAGUCUGAGGCUGAUCGCAAAAUUCAAGAGAUCAUGGAUAGAGUCAUGUCGCGGUCCAGCGUAAACACUGGUGAGGCAACUCAAGAUGACAGACCAGGACUUUUGCAGUUUCCUGAUUCAGCCAAAUCAUUUGGGGCACUAAUGCCCUCACCGUCCGCUGCAUCAACACCCUAUGACCCGACACCCAGCCCCAGGCUGGGCUCUAGUUACUCAGAGAAGAAGGACAGUGACCUUCAAGAAACCAUUGAGGAGGAGACAGAAACAGAUAAAUCGGAUGAACAAGACCUCAAGGAUGCAAACAAGUACUUGGAAGAAAGAAUGGACACGGUUCAGGUGCCUCCGGUUCCCCCCUCCACAGCUCAGAAGCCUCCUGAAGUGGAGCCGCUGGACUUUGGGUUCUCGGAUGAUGAGAGGGAAGAUGUGGUGGACAUACAAAAGGCAUGGGAAGACUUAAACAUGCCGGAUAUAACACAUGAGGAAUUGGUGGGAAUAUCCGGGAAACCGGCACCAUUGGAAGGCCGACACCCACCAUUACCAGGCUUCCGAACUUCUGAAAUCCCCGUCCAUUCCAAUUCUGUGUCCUUUUUGUCGGCUUGGAAACCUGUUGCCGAGAAACGAAAGCGGGAGGGCGACGUUGAGGAAGAAAAGCGUCCUUCAAAGAGUGUCCAUCACUUUUGCACAGUGACAACUGAGUACCAGUUGCCUGAAGAGUUUGUAAAUGUUGGCAGAAAGUACCACACUCCAAGCAGGUUUCACUUCGCUAUGCCAGACCAGAAAUACAGGUUUGGCAGCAGAGGUCCGACCCCAGCCGGUCAGACAAUGACUGACCUGAGUGGUGCGUCUGCUGCUGAUGUGGAGGCAAGGAGGAUGUCGGCCGCCGCACGACGCAUCCUGCAGAAGGUGGAGGAAGAGGGAGACAACAGCCUUGAUGCCUGGAAACAGCGUGCCCAGCAAGUGUUUGAAAGUGGCACUGACUCCAUUGUAGCCCAAGGCCAGCUGGUUUCCAACCAGUAUAAUGAGUCAAGACUCUACUGGGAACCGGCCCCACCCAAACUGGAUGUGGCACCAGCCAAGGUCAAGGACAUCUUGUUCCCAGAAUACCAGCGUCCCACAGUGGGUGUGCAGUCCCAGGAGCUCCAGGAAGUGAUGGAGGAAUCUUCUAGCAGUGAGGAAGAGGAGAUGGAGGCAGAGAUCACUGAGGAUGACAAGCAGUGCAUGGAGCAGACUAAUAGGAUUCUUCUGAGGAGGUACAAAUCCACUGAGGACCUGACCGAGCUGAAGCGAGCCAGUAACCAGCGCGAGGAAGAGAUACAGGCCGGGAGACUUUACCCAUACGAGGAACGAAUCAUCAUUCUCACGGAGAAAGAAAAAGCAGAACAGUUGAAGCAACAAGUCCUAGAGGACAAGGAGGUGGCAGUGGUGAAGAAAGUACCAGCGGACGAACUCUUGCCAUACUUUGUACCCUGGAGACGUUCCACGUCAGCCCCUGACUUGGUGGAAGAGGAGGAUGACACUCUGAUGGUGGCGCAGGACUACAACAAUGCCAUGGAGGAGAUACAGCAGCAGAAGACUCACAUCCGCCAGUGGAAGCUGCAGCAGAAGAGAGACAGGCAGCAGAAAGAGCGGGAACAACAGCUGGCAGAAAUGCAGCAGAUGCAGGAGGAGGAGUCCAUUGCACAGUUGCAGAGAGUGGACCCACAAGAAUAUCAGCCAGAUAUCCUGAAAGUGCAUCAACCUAAGGAUGAGCCCACACCAGCAGAGCUUGCAUUGGCUGCAGGCAGAGCCUAUGUUAUAUUGCCUAAGAAGAAAAAGAAGGCUAGAUCAAGUAUCAGCAUGGCACGGUUGGACGACAUUGAAAAAUUCCUGAAGAAGAAGCCACGUAAACUGAAGCGAACCGAGUCGAUGAUCAGGAUACCCAAACCUAUAGAGCGGGAAUUGCGUGUACCACAACGUGUGAGAGAAGGAUCUCGUAGAAGUUUGCCUGACAUCUUCAGCUUUGAGGACUACUCGAGACGCAAGGGAAAAAAGAAGGAGGCAGACACGCGUGAGUGGGUACGUGACAUCUGGAACACGUGGUUUGACGAGGUGUACCCGCCCACCCCGGAGGACUCUGACUAUGAGGAAGAGGAGGAGCUUACUGAAGAACAGCUGGCUGAGAAGGAGGAGGAGGAGAAGAAGAAGAAAAGGAAAGAUUCCCUAUCAAGCAGUGUCCCAGAGGGCAUGGAGUACAUAGAGCCUGUCACAGAGUCUGAAGAAACACUAGAGGUCUAUCAGAUCAUCAUGGAAGAGAUAGAAAAACUCACUGGUGACAUGAUUAAGGCAACUAAACCAAAGGCGUUUGAUUUCUGUCGCAGGGGAGCUCUCUACAGAAAGAUUGGAUACAUAAAGGCUGCAGAGGAAGAUUUGAGCAAAGCCAUUGUGAUGGAGCCCCUGUUACUGGACGCCUACUGGCACCGCCAUCUCCUGUACGUGCUUCAGGACAGAAAGAAGGAAGCACUGGACGACCUCACCUUCAUCCUGAAACACACGAAAACACACGCCGGCGCUUACAGAUCCAUGGCGGAGAUAUACAAGCGCCAAGAUGACAUCACCAUGGCGAUCGUGAAUUAUACGCAGGCCAUCAAACUGAACCCCCGUGAUCAUGAGGCUUUCUUCGCUAGAGCCGAAUGCUACGAGAAACGCGGUGACAUGCUACUGGCUCUUGAAGAUUACUCCUCGUGCACGAAGAUUGCCCCGUUUAGGACCGACGCCAUUUUGAAACAUGGAAUGUACUACUUUGAGAAUAGGAGCUGGAACAAUGCAAUUCAUGACUUCACAGACCUUCUCAAGGUGGACCCGCUUAAUGCAUCUGCACGUGUGCUUCGAGGCCGGGCCUACGCGGCCAUGGGACAGUGGAGCCCAGCAGUGGAGGACCUCUCGGCUGCCAUACACCUCGACCCAAACAACUGGCAGGCAUUCUACCAUCGGGCAUGUAUCCUGAGGAAGGCACACCCAAAACGCGCUCUCCAUGACUACAGCGUUUCAUUACUUAUCAAUGACUCUGAAGAGAAUAUCAGCUCGUACCUGCACAGGGGGAUCUUGUACAACGCCAUAGGUAGGCCAGACGACGCAAUGCCAGACUUUGAGAGUGUGCUGAAGCUGAACAAAGACAAUGCUUGCGCUCACGUCAACCUAGGGCUCAUCAUGAUGAACCACUAUGAUAACUACCAUAGAGCCAUCAAGCGCUUCACCUCUGCUAUCAAGGUAGACCCAACAUACGUGAGGGCCUAUGUGUGCAGGGGUGAGGCCUACCACAAGAUUCAUGAGUUGAAGUUAGCCCUGCGUGAUUUCACCCGAGCUAUCCAUCUGCGACCAGAUGUCCACCACUACUAUAUGUACCGGGGCCAGUUACUGCUAGAGCUGGGUAACCUUGACCUUGCAGCUUUCUGUGUGAAACAUGCCUCAGAGAUCAGCAGCAAUUCCUCAAUGGGACAGCGUCCCACCCAACAAGCCGUGGUCCACUCAUUCUUGAAGAACUACGACAAGGCCGUGGAUGCCCUGAUGACGUCCACUCGCUCCAACCCGAAGCCGUCUAUGUACAUGCUGCUAGGCAAGACCCAGAUGAAGGCCAAGAAAUUUGAGGAUGCCGUCAGCAGCUUUGCCUUGGCCCUCAGUCUCUAUAAAGAGCAAUUUACAACGCAGAAACCUUGGAAAGCGCGUGACCCAUGGCCCAUAGAGGCUGCAGACACUCACUACCUGAUUGGUCAGUGCCACAUGGAGCUGCACAACUUCACGCAGGCCCUUGACGCGUUCACAGACGCCAUCAAACUGAACCCGAAUAUGGCUGAGGCCCUGUAUCAGCGAGGCAUGGCCCGCAUGAAGCUGAAGAUGUCAAAGGGUAUCCAGGACUUCAACCGAGCAUUGGCCCUCAAUCCCACCAUCUUCCAGGCCUACCUAUCGCGGGCCUGCUUCUACGGCAGCAAGGGCAACUACACCAAGGCCAUCCUCAACUGCAACGAGGCCAUUAAGCUGCAGCCCAAGAGUGUUCGGGCUUACCUUUAUAGGGGAGCUCUGAAGUACCAUAUCAAGGCUUAUGAGUUGGCCAUAUGGGACCUGAGCAAGGCAGCUGGUAUUGACAGCACGUGCGCCCUUGCCUACUUCAACAGGGCAGUCUGCUAUCAAGAGAACAGAGACUACCAGAAGGCGCUGACUGACUAUGGAAUAGUCCUGCUUAUUGGUGACUCACUGAAGUUGAAGGUGCUAAUAAACCGUGGUCUUCUGUACUUUGAGAAGAAAGACUUCCAGAAUGCGCUCUAUGACUUCCAACUGUCUGCCAACAUCAGUCCAAAUGAUCACAAGAUCCUUCAUUCUCUCGGUCUCUGCUAUCACAAACUUGGUCAGCUCCAGGAAGCUGUGAAGACGUUCACACUGUGUGUGAAGAGUCAGCCAUUCUUCCUUGAUGGUAUUAUUGCUCGCGGCAAUGUCUACAUGGACUACGGCCACGAGCAGGGACUUAGAUACGCUAUGCGGGACUAUGAGAGAGUGUUACGUCUGGACCCAAUGAACCUUCCUGCUCGCGUGAACUUGGCCUACACACUGCAGGUGGCUGGACACUUCAUGCAGGCCUGGCGUCAGUUCACAACCGCUCUUGAUAUGAAACCAAACUACAAGCCAGCCCUGGAAGGCAGGUCCAUUAUAAACCUGCAGAUGAGUGACACGUUUGCAGCCUUCCAGGACAUCAACCACGCAGUGAAGGUGAACCCCACAGCCGAACUGCUAACCAACCGAGGGGUCAUACACCAGUUCAUGGGAGACCAUGUGAAUGCAGUUCGAGACUACAAGUUGGCCUUGGAGUUAGACCCAACAUACGCGCUAGCCCACUUUAACGCUGGCAACGUGUACUUCCAUACCAGACACUUCUCACAGGCCCUUGACAGCUACAAUAAAACAGUGAAGUACAACCCCAAGGACGAGUCUGCACUCCUUAACAGGGCUAUCACCAGGGUUCUACUGAAGGACUCUAAGGGGGCUCUCGAUGAUUUCCGGGCUGCCAUCAAGCUGAGUCCCUACUCAGCACACAUGUAUCUCAACCGCGGUAACCUGUACGCCUCCACCCAACAGUUUGAACUGGCUGAGAAAGACUACACCAAAGCCCUGGACCUCCAGCCUGACGAUCCUCUCGUGUUGAAGAGGCGAGCAGACGUCAGGGGAAAACUUGGCAAGAAAGAGGCUGCUAUCAGUGACUACCGGCAGGCUAUUGAGCUGCAGGGGAGAAUUGAGUACCUCAACCAGGGGAAAUAACUCUUUAAAGAGUGUCAACACAUUGAUUCAUGCCCUUGUAUGCUUUUUGUUCAGUUUUGAACUUUCGAUUCAAUGGCUGGUCUUAAGUUGUAUAGAUGCUUUUGAUGUUUUUGUUGUGUGUUUCUUCUUUUUGUGUGCAUUUAACGUACAUGCUUUUUUGAAUGACUGAAAUAGAUGCUGUUGCUUGUAUUAAUAUUACCAUGAAGACAGUAGAUACAUAUUUUCUAGAUGACUUCAAAUUGAAUACACCAUGAAGAGUAUGAUGUUAUAAAGAAUUGCAAUAUGGUAUGAUGUAUGUUGCUUGAUCGCAUUUACACGUAAUAGUUUAUUACUAUUUUGUUGAAUACACAAAUACAUAUCUGUGUUGGGUUUGCUUCAUACAAAUAUAUUUAUUGCAUUACACAUGUACCGCUAAUUGAAAGUAAAUUAUGGAACAUUUUAUUUAUAAUUUCUAUGACAACUGUGAUAAAUAUAUCCUUGUUUCACAUUUCAAAAUAAACGUUUAAUGUUU